CGAGUUCCGAGUUCCCGCAUCUCCCGCAUACCCAUCAUACAUCAGCCGGCGUUCUUAUUUGUUAUUGUUCGUUGUGUAGUUGUUAUGGUUCCCUGGAUUUUUCACUUUUUGAGUGCUUCUGGAUUUUCUAUUGCUUCUAUUUUUAGGUGAACCAAUAGGGCGAUAAAUUUAACACACGAUUCCGAUUUACCCGGCUGUGUGAUUUAUAAAUUAUGAGCAUGUAGGGAAUAUAACCUCUCUUUACUUGUUGCUGUUUACUACUUUAUUUUCAUCGAAUGUAGCCAGGAGAGAGAGAGAGACAGCCGUUUUCAAUUAGUUUAUUGCAGGUGUGCCCACUAGUUGGCAAGGAUGACUGCUACAGUGGUAAAGAUUACUAAUAUCCCACUGGGAAUUGACGAGAUGGAAUUUGCCCACUUGCUUCUGGAUGCCAUGGAGGCUCAAGCAAGUUCCAUUAAAGAUACAUUCUUGUCGUGUCAAAUCCUUCACCGGGAUGCUAUAGCUGUUUUGGAGUUUGAGCCUUCAGCAAACUGCCAUUUACAGUGGAGUAACUUGGAAAAUAUUAAUAUAGAUGGAAAAAGUCUUCAAGUGAUAAGUAUAUUAAACCCGAUUCAAGAGGACCAGCCUGUUGUUUCAAAUGGAUUUGGGAUGCCUUCAUCCGAUAUCACAAAUGAAGAUGAGAAAAUGGAUGUAGAUGAGGGAGUUGGGUCUGGAUCAGGGGAAUCAUCCCCAAUGGUCCCUGAGGGAAAUGAAGAAUUUCUGAAGAUGUUGGGUGGCCCUAACUUUCCUGUAUCAGUUACUCCAGAGAAUACUGUUAAAGAUGAUGAAGGAAAAGUUGAAUCCCCAACAGUCAAUCAACCCUCAACAUUACUAGCCCAACCAGAACCAGAACCAGAACCUGCACCUUCAAUUCCACUUUCACCUGCACCUGCACCUUCACCUUCGUUUCAGCCUGCACCUACAGUUACAUCUGCACCCAUUAUUUCAAGACCAUCAGAUAAGCCAUCCGCUGCUGUAAAACCAAAUAUCAAACCUGCUCUUCAAGCUAGUAAGCCAGUUGUUCAGAAAACAAGUAGAGUAGUAUUUUUUGAUUUGGAGACCACAGGAUUGGAUAAGACUAUGUGUGAAAUUGUGCAGAUUGCCGCAAUGUCUGGGCCAAAGCACUUCAAUGUAUACAUCAAACCUUUAAAUGGCAUUCCUCCAGAUGCUAGCAGAAUCAAUGGCUUAACAGUUGUUCAAGGAAAACUCUGCAAAAAUGGUCAAGUUGUUGAAACCCAGGACAAACUUGUUGCCUGGAAAGGCUUCUUAGAAUUUUUAAAAAGUCUAGACCAUGUGAUUCUUAUGGGCCAUAAUGCCCACUGGUUUGAUUUCCCCCUUCUCGUUAGAGAUAUAAAACGGCUUGGCCUUCUUCAAGAGCUACAGUCAAUUGUCACUGGCUGUGUUGACACUAUUCAAGUUUUUAAAGCUAAGCUACCGCACCGAGUUAAAAGAAGACUUUCUUUUAAGCAAGUUGACUUGGCUGCAGAAUAUAAAAUUAACACAAAUGCUGCCCAUGAUGCUCUUGGAGAUGUACGUAUGUUAUCCCAGUUGUGCCAGAAGAUCGGCCUGUCAUCUCAAGACAUAGCUAAUCACAGAAAAAUGCUCAAGUGUUAUUGAUAGACUAUAGAUUUUUAAAGUUGACAAGCAUGUUACCCAACUUAAUUUUUAAGUUAAGAUACACCAAUUUAAGUUUAUAACCUUUCUCUUUAUUAUAAGGUUCUGACAUGAAAAGUGGUUAAAAAUUUGCGAACGUAUAAUUUUUUUUGUGAAACCGGACUGAUAUCUUAGUCAAUGACUGCAUGUUAUUAAACAAUAAAGUUAAGGUAUUGUAUAUUACAAUUACGCCAAAGUAAUUAAACAAGUUUUCUAGAAAAGGAAAA